GAAAUUUCCAUUCCGUUGUGUCAAUAUUAUCAAGGAACUCCUGAACUUUGCAAUAAUGUAAUGGUAUUCAUUACUUUCCUUUCGACAAUUUCUACAAUAUUCCAGAUACCAUCACUACGAAGUUCUGAUAAAUAGAAGGACAAGACGAUUGAUAAGCUUGGCUUCAGGCUGUCAAACUAAACCUCUCUUCACUCAAAUACCUUGCCACCCCUCUGAACUUUUCAUUUGGAUUGUUGGAUAGCAAUCAACAACGAUGCCAUCGAGGAGAAAACAACUAAAGAGAAAACAACCUGUCGCGACUCGCAGCUCAGCGAGACUAGCUAAGAAGCAUCGAGCCAAUACGCCAGAAGAAGAUGUACAAGCACCGCAGCGAGAUAUCGAGAAGCCAGAAGUCAAGGCAGAGCCCGAGUCAAAUGAUGAAACACCACUUGCUAUUAAUCCCGGAAUCGAGGCCGAAAUGUUUGAUAAUGGCGCCGAUGCAGAUGAUGAAGCUGAAGACUUCCAAGGAGAAGGCAACGACGAGGAUGAACGACACGAACCUUCCGAGAGAGAACCAGAGGCAGACAAGUCCGAUGAUGAAACGGAUUAUGAACAGUACAUAGCGUACGGUUCCGACGAUCCUGAGUAUCACGAAAUACGACGCAAACGUGAGAAUGAAGUAUCGCCGUUGCCCAGGGUACCGACAAUUCCUCGAUUGAUUACAAUACUUCGUGGUAAUGGCAGGGAUACCUCGGAUCAACGCCUCACAGCCAGUUCUGGAAAGAAUAGGCUCCCGAACUUUUUCGAUAAAUAUGGAACCCGGCAUCACAUCCCUAUCGAGAUCUUCAAACAAAUAUUGGACUACCUGCAUCAACAGAAAGAUGUCAUUACCGCUACUUCGGUAUCCCUUACCAAUGUUUAUAAUUACGGACUUGUCUUCGAUAUUUUUGGACUCGGUAUAUGUAGGAGAAUCAAGGAUUUACUACAAAACCAGCCAGUGGAAGCAUGGGAAACAGGCUUUUUUGACCUCCCAGUUCUCUUUGCGCCACCCUCAAGGCCCAAAGUUUGUCUUCGAAACGUCCUUCAUUCGUGGUUUCCAGAAAGGCUCACGUGGAUCCAGUAUGGUAAUAAAUGUAUGUAUCAUGGCCCGAUCUCACUCAAGCUUAUACGAAGAUAUAUAAGGAGAACUGAGGGGGAAGGACAACGGAGAGCGAUUAAGGAACAUGAAACACGACUUAGAGAAGGUCGGGAGAAUAAAUUGCAAAGGCAAAGAGACAGAAAAAAGCGCAUCGAAAAUAGACGCAACAGAAGAAUUGCCAGGUUGUCAGAAACACAAGAAGCACAUGCCGAGGAUUCAGAAUUCUCAGAUGAUCACGAUUGCGUUGAGAGCCAAUGCGCUCUUAACCCCGAAACGGCCCAUAAGAAAAUACAGUAUGUCUCUUCAGGGCGUGAUCCGAUUACCGAUUCCGAGGCAAUGAAUUCUUUUGCCGAAGACUCGGAUGAUAUGGGAUGGUCGACUGAGGACUCAAUGCUGGCAUCAUAGUUUCAUUAAUAACAUGAGAUAAACGUCUGCGAUUGCAACGCUCGCUGAUUGUGAUGUCUUUUACUGUGCGGCCGUUGAAUAGGUGGCGGAAAAUAAGGCUGAUGUCAAUUUUGAUGUAGAAAGAUCUAGUCAAAAAAACUGGACGUAGUCAAAAGUACAAUACUUUGACUGAUUGCGUAUUAAGUGGGCGUAGAUGAUGGAUUGCUAGCGGUAAAUUCAGCAAAAUACA